GGGAGAGGCUGCUGAGCUGCGCGGUGGGCAGAGAGAGGGACAGCAGGGGAGGCAGCCCGAGAAGGAAGCACGACUCUCUCAUCGCGUCACUCUGGGUCCAGGCGCGGAGCAGGAAGCAGCCUCUUCCUCCUCGGGUUGUCGCAGUGGGAACAAACGCGCAUCUCAGUCUUUGCUCGAUGCACCCCUCGGCACAGGACACGCGGAAGCCGGUCAGAAGGAAACAUGCCUCCUUCGGUAGCGAUAGCCCUGCUGCUCCUCGGCGCCCUCCUGGCUUUGGAGACGCGCCGGAGCGCCAGCGCGCUGCACGUCCAACAGGCGUUCGCGUCUCCAAACCACACCAAUAACUUCGCGGUGGACCCGGUGUCCCGGAAGGUCUACCUGGCCACCGUGAACACCGUCUACCAGCUGAACGGCACCUUGACCGUCGAGGUGGAGCAGAGCACCGGCCCCGUGGAGGACAACCUGUUGUGCCACGCGCCGCAGCUUCCGCAGGCUCCGUGCGAGCAUCCCAAAUCCCUCACGGACAACCACAACAAGCUCCUGAAGCUGGACCGGGACCAGGGGGUCGUGGUGGUCUGCGGGUCCGUGUACCAGGGCUUCUGCGAGCUGCGGAAAAUGGGGAAUAUUUCGCAGAUCGCGGUGGAGUUCCCGCACCAGGGCGAGAAGACGGUUUUCCCCAGCAUGCUCAACAUCGCCGCCAACCACCCGAACGCAUCCACGGUGGGGCUCAUCUUCAAGAGCCACGGGGGGAGCACCCGGCUGCUCGUGGGGGCCACGUACACGGGGGCCGGCACCCAGUUUUUCCCCAAGAACCACAGCAAGGAGGACCUGCGCUUCGAAAACACCCCGGAGAUCGCCAUCCGCUCCCUGAACAUCAAGGACCUAUCCCGGCUGUUCACCUAUGACAUUAACCCCUCCGAGGACAACGUGUUCAAGAUCAAACAAGACGUGAAGACCAAGAACAAGCUGAACUUCGUGCACGCGUUCAUGCAGAAGACGUAUUCCUACAUCGCCUUCAACAACGACGCGAAGAUGGGCCACAAGGAGAGCCAGCCCAACAGCAUCCUCGCCCGCAUCUGCCUGGACACGGAGAACCCCCGAAAGCCCAGCGGGCCGGAGAGCAGGAAGCUCACGGAGUCCUACAUCCAGAUGCCGCUGCAGUGUGGAUCUAACGGGAACAUCUACAGCCGGCUGGUGUCCGUUUACUCCGCGGAGAUCCAGGCGGAGGACGGGCGCGGCACGGAGCCCUACCUGUUCGGAGUGUUCACCAAGGCGGAUCGAAAGUCCGCCCUGUGCGCCUUCAAGUUCGGGGACAUCGACGAGGAGAUCCGGCAGGGCCGCCGCAGCUGCUCCAACUUCCCCAGCAGCGACGUCCAGGUGCUGGACAGCGUCAUCCAGGGCUCCGGGGCGGCCUGCAUCCAGAAGGGGAACCUGGUGCUGCAGCUCGAGCAGCUGGACUGCGGAGCGGCCCACCUGCAGCACCCUCUGGCCCUGCGCAGGUCCCUGAGGGCCGCCCCUCUGGUUGAGUACACCGGUCUCAGUUCGGUGUCCGUGGACAACGUGCACAACCACACGGUGGUGUUCCUGGGAACCGGUAACGGGCGACUUCGUAAGCUGACCCUCUUGCCGAACAUGACCUUGGCCAAUCAGUGGACCCUGAAGCUGCCCGCCAGCGAGGCGGUCCACCACGUCAUGACCUUCGACCCCAACGACAGCAACUUCCUUUAUCUCAUGACCUCUCACCACAUGCUCAGGGUGAAGGUGUCAGACUGUGACCAGUGGAGGAGCUGCGGCGACUGUUUGGGAGCCGGCGACGCCCACUGUGGCUGGUGCACCCUGGAGAAUCGAUGCACCAUCCAGAAGGAGUGUGCUCGGGCUCAGCUGCUGGCGCGCUCCUGGAUCAGCAUGGGUGAAGGGCCACAGCAGUGUCCCUCCAUGACCCUGACGCCCCCGGAGAUCAGCAUCGCCGCGGACAUCAAGGACGUCGGCAUCCUGAUAAACGGCAGCGUUCCCGAUCUGGUCGGCUCCCGCGUGGAGUGCGAAUACGCGCCGGGCGUUUCCACGGCAGCCACGGUGCACCUGGAUUACGGCCCCGCUCAGAUCCAGACCUGCCCCUUGCUCCCUCGGGAAAACUACCGACCCAUCCCACCCGGCACAGAUCACCUGACCGUUUCCGUGGCGAUAAAAGUGAACGGCACGUCGGUGGUAUCCGGGAGCUUCGUCAUCUACGACUGCGAGAGGACCGGAGCGAUACACCCCAAGACGUCAUGUGUGAGCUGCCUGAGCACCAGAUGGAAGUGCUACUGGGACCCCGACAGCCACCUCUGCGUGGCCGGGAAAGACGAGUCGAAGCACGACCUGCUGGAGAAUGCCGUUUCCUGUCCCAGCCUGGUGGCCUCAGAGGUUCCUCCGUCGCCAUCGGAAACGACCCAGGACUUCACCUUGUCCCUCAGCAACGUCCAGGAGGGGGAGGAGCUGGAGUGCGACUUCGGGACGGAGCGGCGAUAUGAGGCCACGUGGCUCAACGGCUCGACCGUCAAGUGCAGCGGAGUAACACUGUCCACCAACCAGAGGAGCCAGGUGUACCACCUCAACCUGAGGAGGAGAGGAGGACGCUUCAGGGCGCAGACGGAGGACGUCUUCGUGGACAGCCCUCGGCCAAUGGGAGUGGAGGUGUACAACUGCGGCGUGGGGAGCUCGGACUGCUCCCAGUGCUGGGGCCGCGAGGACCAGGGCCACCUGUGCGGCUGGUGUGACAACAGCUGCAGGCCGAGGGACGACUGUCAGCCAAUCGUGGAUCAAUGCCCGCCUCCCGAGAUCCUCAAGAUCUUCCCCCUGAGGGGUCCCGUGGAAGGAGGCACCCUGCUGACAGUGCAAGGCAGGAACCUGGGCAGGAGGUCCGGAGCUGUGAAGGUCUCCAUUGGAGACGUGGCGUGCGCUCUCCUGCCCGAGCUCUACGCCGUCUCCACGGAGCUGGUGUGCGUCACAGGACGGUCUGAACACCAGAGGACCGAGGAGCUCCGAGUGGACGUGGAUCAGAGUGGGACGGGAACGUCGAGGGAGAGCUUCUCGUACCUGGUCCCGAAGAUGCGGUCGCUGGAGCCGACGAGGGGCUCCCGCGCCGGAGGAACCGUCGUCAUCAUCAGGGGCGAACACCUGGACAUCGGCUCUCAGGUCAGCGUCAAAGUCAACAACACGCUGGAGUGCACCAUCAGAGAUAAAACAGAUGAAACCAUCGAGUGCACCAUGCCUCCAGCCCUGCAGGCGCACACGGACUCGGUCGCGGUGUGCGUGGAGUUCGAACACCUUCCCUGUCAAAGUGCAGAGCUCAGCGCCGCCUACACCUACGAGAAGAACCCCACCAUCAGCUUCAUCCACCCCAAGAAGAGCUACCUCAGUGGUGGCAGGACCAUCACAGUGACAGGCCAGGGGUUUGAUCUGGUGCAGAGCGUCACCAUGGAGGUGCUGGAAAUUGGAGAAAAACGCUGCAGGGUGGCCUCCCCCUUCACCAUCACCUGCCCGUCCCCGCUGUCCGGCCAGUCCCAGCAGACCUCGGCGCAGUUCAUCUUGAACGGACUCCUCUACACCGGGGACCGGCCCGCCGGCUUUGAUAGCGAGUCGGAGGACGAGGAGGGGGAGCCGCACAAAGGCCACUUCCCGUUGGAGUACGUGGAGGACCCUCAGUUCUUCACAGCCAGCAAGGAGAAGCUGAUUAAGCACCACCCGGGGGAGCCUCUGACACUCAUCAUCAACAAAGGGCCGAGCGAUCUGGAGCUGGAGCCGGAGGAGUACUCGGUGAUGAUUGGCUCCUACCCAUGCAACAUCAGCUUCCACAACGACCAGCUGUUCCACUGCACCAUCAACGGGCUGCUGAGCUCCAACGACAGAGAGCUGCCCGUCACCGUCCAAGUGGGGAACUUUCGCCGCACCAUCGCCAAAGUGCAGCUGGGCGGCAGCGAGCUGGCCAUCGUGGUGUCCAUCGUGGUGUGCUGCGUGCUGCUGCUGCUGUGCACUGUGGCUCUCGUAAUCUACUGCACGAAGAGCCGACGGGCGGAGCGCUACUGGCAGAAAACUCUUCUCCAAAUGGAGGAGAUGGAGUCCCAGAUCAGAGACGAGAUCCGUAAAGGCUUCGCGGAGCUGCAGACGGACAUGACCGACCUGACCAAGGAGCUGAAUCGCAGUCAGGGCAUCCCCUUCCUGGAGUACAAGCAGUUCGUCACGCGCACCUUCUUCCCCAAGAUGUGUUCCGAUUACGAGAAGAGUCUGGUCCAGCCCGCCUACGAGAACGACGGCCUGGGCCCCCGGGUGCUGCCGGAGACCCACCCGCUGCUGCAGGACUGGAAGGUCACCAACGACACCACGAAGCCCAACGUGGAGGAGGGCAUCACGAUGUUCUCCACGCUCCUCAACAACAAGCACUUCCUGGUCACGUUCGUGCACGCCCUGGAGCAGCAGAAGGACUUCGCGGUGCGAGAUAGAUGCAGCCUCGCGUCUCUGCUCACCAUCGCCCUCCAUGGUAAGCUGGAGUACUACACCAGCAUCAUGAAGGACCUGCUGGUGGACCUGAUCGACGCCUCGGCCUCCAAGAACCCCAAACUGAUGCUGCGGCGCACCGAGUCCGUCGUGGAGAAGAUGCUCACCAACUGGAUGUCCAUCUGCAUGUACAGCUACCUCAAGGAAACGGUGGGCGAGCCUUUCUUCCUGCUGCUGUGUGCAAUCAAGCAGCAGAUCAACAAAGGCUCCAUCGACGCCAUCACAGGGAAGGCCCGCUACACCCUCAACGAGGAGUGGCUGCUCCGCGAGAACAUCGAGGCCAAGCCACAGAACAUCAACGUGUCCUUCCAGGGCUGCGGCAUGGACUCGCUGCCCGUCAGGGUCAUGAACACAGACACCGUCUGCCAGGUGAAGGAGAAGAUCCUGGAGGCCUUUUAUAAAAACCUGCCGUUCUCCCAGUGGCCCCGAGCGGAGGACGUAGACCUGGAGUGGUUUGACUUGGGCAGCAACAGUAAGCUUCUGCAGGACCUGGAUAACUCCUCAGUGAUGGAAGAUGGCAGAAAGAAACUCAACACUGUCUUCCAUUACCAGGUCCCAGAGGGUGCAUCGCUGGCCAUGAGCAUGAAAGACAAGAGAGACAACACCCUGGGGAGAGUUAAAGAUCUGGACACGGAGAAGUACGUACACUUGGUCCUACAUCACGAUGACCUCUCGGAGAACAAGAGGUCACACAGGCCGAGCCACCGCAAGAAGGUCUUGCCUGAGAUCUAUCUGACGCGCCUGCUCUCCACCAAGGGAACUCUUCAGAAGUUCUUGGAUGACCUCUUUCAAGCCAUCCUCAGCAUCCCUCCGGAUCGCCCCCCUCUGGCCAUCAAAUACUUCUUUGACUUCCUGGAGGAGCAGGCUAACAAACGGGGCAUCACGGACCCGGACACCCUGCACAUCUGGAAAACCAACAGUUUGCCGCUGCGCUUCUGGGUGAACAUCCUGAAGAAUCCUCAAUUUGUGUUCGACAUCGAAAAGACGGACCACAUGGACGCCUGUCUGUCCGUCAUCGCCCAGGCCUUCAUCGACGCCUGCUCCGUGUCCGACCUGCAGCUGGGGAAGGACUCCCCGACCAACAAGCUGCUGUACGCCAAGGAGAUCCCCGAGUACAAGAAGAGAGUGCAGUGCUACUACCAGCAGAUCCAGGAGAUGGCACCUCUCAGCGAGCAGGAGAUGAACGCUCACCUGGCGGAGGAGUCCAGAAAAUACCGGAAUGAAUUCAACACCAACCUGGCCUUGACGGAGAUCUACAAAUACGCCAAGAGAUACAGAAGCCAGGUGGUGAUCGCUCUGGAGGCCAACCCCACCGCACGUCGCACUCAGCUGCACCACAAGUUCGAGCAGGUCAUCGCCCUCGUGGAGGACAACAUCUACGAGUGCUGCAGCGAGGCCUAAAGCCCGUCCCCCCGUCCCCCCCCCCCGUCCUCCCCCGUCCCACUGACGACGACGGCGGCGGCCGGCGGACGCCUUUUUUUUUCUCUCCUACGUCGUUACCUGGGGAACGCCGGCCCGCCGAGGAGCAAGCCUUCAUUUUUUUGUUUUGUUUUUCCAAACAGACUAUUCGACGCGUGGAAAGUGGCAAAGGAACCUUUUAAACCUGCCGGUCGAGCGCAUUUUGCGAGGUGUUUUUUUUAAUUUUUUUUAUUUCUUUCAGAUCUUUUUCUCCAUGACACAUAACUCCAGUCUGAAGGUGUAGGGGAGGCUUAUUCUGGAUGUCUUUACAGUUACCGGGGGAACCCUCGCGGUAAGCCCUGGUGGCGAUCUUAACGCACUGAACCCUUUUUUUUUCCUUCUUUUUUUCUCCUCAAGGGAAUGAGCCAAUGAUGCACUGUACUGUAUUAUAAUGUCCAUAGCAAUAUUUAUAGAUGUGUUUAAAAAAAAACAACAAAAACAAACAAGUGGCCUGUUCAUCAGGACGAGUGAGAAGGACCGCGAUGGACUCGUCCCGCCUCCUGAAAGCCCCGCGAAUGUUCUCAGGUGCGACUCGGACAAUACGACCCGACGGAGGAGAGGAAUAUAAAUGACGAAAGUCUUAUCAAAAAUCAGAUGUGAUGUAGUUCACUGGGAAGAGCUGCAUCAGUAUAGAAGUGUCAGAUCAGUGUGUAAACGAAUGAAUUUAUUGUUGACCGAUUUAAAAAAAAG